UGUUAAUCUGGUAUUUUCCCUCAGAAUCACUGAGAACAAAGCUAAUCAUGCUGGCGACCAGGACCUUGCUGUCACAACAGACCGUGGCUGUUCUUUCUCGUCAGCCUGCCUGCUUCGUUCAUCAUGGAGAUUAUGGCAACUGGGGAAACACCAAUGUUGCACUGGUUUUCUCAGGAUGUGGAUGGUGGGACGGAACUGAUGUGCACGAAGGAGUGUACACCAUGUACCACCUGAGCAGGAACGGCGCUCGCUUCCAGAUGUUUGCACCAAAUCAGCAGCAAAUGCAUGUGAUGGAUCAUAUGAAGAAGCAGCCUAUCUCAGGAGAUAACCGGAACAUGAUGAUGGAGUCAGCUCGCUUCCAUCAUGGUCAGGUAAAGAGGCAAAUGCAGGACUUGUCCUCUCUGGAUGUCAACAACUUUGAUGCUGUCAUCUUUCCUGGAGGCCAUGGGAUCGUCAAGAAUCUAUCCUCCUUCAUGAAGGAUGGCAAAGACUGCAAGUUGCAUAAUGAUGUGGAAAGGGUGCUUAAAGAGUUCCACCAUUCAAGUAAGCCUAUUGGCCUGGCCAGCAUGGCUCCUCUGCUGGCCUGCCGCGUGUUGCCCAGCGUUGAGGUGACCAUGGGCCAUGAGCGGGAUGAAAAAACCAACUGGGGAAACUGGCCUCAAACCAACAUGGUGGAGGCUGUGAAGAGCAUGGGUGCUCGCCAUGUUGUCCGUGAGCCAUACGAAGCCCAUGUGGAUGAGAAGAAUAAAGUGGUCAGCACUCCAUCCUUCAUGUGGGAGACAGAUUACCACUACCACUAUAUAUUUGAUGGUAUUGGAAAUAUGGUCAAACAUGUGAUGCGUUUGUCCUCCAAGUAA